GCUGCGCUCUGUGCAUCACUCUCAAACGCUAAUUCCACCGGGACAGACGCAACUUCGGUCCGUGCGCGGAGCGGAGGAGACGCACACGAAAUGACACCAAUGGCUGCACUUGUGUUCACAGCGACUUUUGCGCUAAUAAUCUGGAUACCGACUUUCGCAUUAACCGCACGGGUCUACCCUCCUAAUGAAGUGACGCUGCUGGACUCGAGAACUGUGCAAGGAGAAUUGAAAUGGGUUGCGAGUCCGACGGAAGGAGGGUGGGAAGAAGUGAGCAUCAUGGAUGAGAAGAAUACGCCAAUCAGGACGUACCAGGUAUGCAACGUAAUGGAACCCAACCAGAACAACUGGCUCCGAACGGACUGGAUCCCCCGUGGUGGAGCUCAGCGCGUCUACAUCGAGAUCAAAUUCACUCUGCGUGACUGCAACAGCUUGCCAGGAGUCAUGGGAACCUGCAAGGAGACCUUUAACCUCUACUACUACGAGUCCAACAAUGACAAAGAGCGGUACAUUCGAGAGAACCAGUUCACCAAAAUCGACACCAUCGCAGCCGACGAGAGCUUCACGCAGGUGGACAUAGGAGACCGUAUCAUGAAGCUGAACACGGAAGUUCGUGAUGUGGGAAUUUUGACACGGAAGGGCUUCUACCUGGCAUUCCAGGAUGUCGGAGCCUGCAUCGCUCUGGUAUCCGUACGGAUCCUCUAUAAGAAAUGCCCCCUCACCGUACGCAACCUGGCCCAGUUUCCAGACACAACCACCGGGGCGGACACCUCAUCGCUAGUGGAGGUACGUGGAUCCUGUGUGGACAAUUCAGAGGAACGUGAGGUCCCUAAAAUGUACUGCGGAGCAGAUGGAGAAUGGCUGGUGCCUAUUGGAAACUGUUUGUGUAACCCUGGCUAUGAGGAACACGGAGGAACAUGCCAAGCCUGUAAGAUCGGUUACUACAGAGCACUGGCUACAGACGACAUCUGCUCUAAGUGUCCCCUGCACAGUUACUCCAUUAGGGAGGGAUCCACUUCCUGUGCCUGUGACAAAGGCUUUUUCAGGUCUGAGACAGACCCUGCCUCUAUGCCAUGCACACAGCCCCCAUCUGCUCCUCAGCACCUUAUUUCCAAUGUGAACGAGACCUCUGUGAAUCUGGAGUGGACUGCUCCAGCAUCCUCCGGUGGCAGGCAGGACCUCGCUUACAACGUCAUUUGCAAGCGGUGCAGUUCUGACGGUCAGCACUGUCAGCCCUGCGGCAACGGCAUCCAUUUUUCCCCUCAGCAGCUGGGCCUACGCACCACCCGGGUAUCCAUAAACGACCUGCAGGCUCACACCAACUACACCUUUGAGAUCUGGGCAGUCAAUGGGGUCUCCAAGCAGAGUUCCGGACCAGAACAGGCGGUGUCUGUGAUGGUUACCACCAACCAAGCGGCUCCCUCUCCAGUUACCACCAUCCAAGCCAAGGACAUCACCAGACACGCUGUGUCUUUGGCAUGGCAACAGCCUGAGAGACCCAACGGAGUCAUUCUUGAGUACGAGGUCAAGUACUAUGAGAAGGAUCAAAACGAGCGCAGCUAUCGCAUAAUGAAGACCUCGUCACGAAAUGCUGAGAUCAAAGGACUGAACCCGCUCACCUCCUACGUGUUUCAUGUGCGUGCCCGCACUGCUGCUGGCUACGGAGACUUCAGCGCCCCCUUCGAGUUCAUGACCAAUUCAGUUCCUUCUCCCAUCAUCGGAGAUGGUGCCAACUCCACCGUGCUGUUGGUGUCUGUGAUCGGCAGUGUGAUUCUGUUGCUCAUCUUCAUUGGAGUCUUCAUCAUCAGCCGCAGGAGAAGCAAAUACAGCAAAGCCAAACAGGAUUCUGAUGAGGAGAGGCAUUUACAUCCAGGGGUUCGAAUCUAUGUGGACCCCUUCACCUAUGAGGACCCCAACCAAGCAGUCCGUGAAUUCGCUAAAGAAAUCGAUGCCUCCUGCAUCAAGAUCGAAAAGGUCAUCGGCAUUGGAGAAUUCGGGGAGGUGUGCAGCGGUCGUCUCAAGAUGCCUGGAAAGCGCGAGAUCUGCGUAGCCAUAAAAACCCUCAAAGCAGGAUACACCGACAAGCAAAGGCGAGACUUUCUGAGUGAGGCCAGCAUCAUGGGCCAAUUUGACCACCCCAAUAUCAUCCGACUGGAGGGAGUCGUCACUAAAUGUAAGCCAGUUAUGAUCAUCACUGAGUACAUGGAGAACGGAUCCCUCGAUGCCUUUCUCAGGAAGAACGAUGGGCGGUUUACUGUAAUUCAGCUGGUGGGCAUCCUGCGUGGAAUCGCUUCAGGAAUGAAGUAUCUAUCUGAUAUGAGCUACGUUCACCGUGACUUGGCGGCACGCAACAUCCUGGUUAACAGUAACCUUGUGUGUAAAGUGUCUGAUUUUGGCAUGUCUCGGGUUUUGGAGGAAGAUCCAGAUGCUGCUUACACUACUAGGGGAGGCAAGAUACCUAUUCGCUGGACCGCCCCCGAAGCCAUUACAUACAGGAAGUUCACCUCUGCCUCUGACGUAUGGAGUUACGGCAUUGUCAUGUGGGAAGUGGUGUCAUAUGGAGAACGGCCAUACUGGGACAUGAGUAACCAGGAUGUUAUAAAGGCAAUUGAGGAAGGCUACAGACUGCCUCCACCCAUGGACUGUCCAGUUUCUUUGCACCAACUGAUGCUGGAUUGCUGGCAGAAAGAGCGUGCCGAAAGGCCAAAAUUCAGCCAAAUUGUCAACAUGCUGGACAAACUCAUCCGCAACCCCAACAGCUUGAAAAGGACGGGAGGAGAGAUUGCCAGGUAG